AUGCCGCAGCCGUUAAUGUGGCCCUGUGCUAGCGCUGCAGGUACGGCUCCUAGCGGCGCAGGGGAUAACCUUUGUCGUGGAUUUGGCGGAUUUGGUGGAUUCAGCUGCGCAGAUCAUCCUGGCUCCCUGUCGCUGCCGCACACAAUUUCUGCCACAAGCAGGCCUGCACUGGGCGACAGGGAGCUAGUUGAAACACCCCCGAAAGUCCCGUCUGCUCCCGGCACGUCAUGUAGUCUGCGCGCUGUCUUCCUGAGAAAAGCACAGUCUCUCAUUUUACUUGUCUCGCCGCCAGGCCAAGGCCAUUUGGCUACUCAGUUACAGGCCCCUUAUUCUAGCCCACACGUUAUAUCAGGCACGGCGCCCUCCCGUCGGAAUUUCUUACUCUCAUCCUCACUCCCUUUGACGCAUCCACUCAUUCCUGCUCAUCCGAGCCCAGCGCCUACCUGGCUCUUACCCACACACCAAGCCCACCCAAGCCCAGUCACACCAGCACCACACUCGUUCUCGUCCCGUUUCGUCUGUUAUCUGUUUUUCCAUCGGCCGUCCUCGCACAGCCCUAUUCAGCCGUCGCUGACAGACAUCCUGGCUCAAGCCAUAUACAACACACCCACCAACAACAUGAUCUUCAGAGAGUCAGAAUCGCUCAACAUGGGCCGUGGCUGCUACGACACCACCGGCACCCCCAAGCCGCCGCCACCACCGCCCAAAUAA